AAAUGAUUUAUAAAUAAUCCCGAGAAGCCGUAUAAAUUGUCCGAAACCCUACAUUUUCUCAUUAUCACUCUCAAACUCAAGUCAAAGUCCAUCGCUUUUUAGACUCUUACCAUUUUCUCAUCUUCUUCAAUUUUCUUUCGCUUCUCAGCCGCCGAUCUCAUCCAUGGCUCCGAUUGCUGUCGGCGAUGUUGUACCAGACGGAACAAUCUCCUUCUUCGACGAGAAUGAUCAGCUCCAGACCGUCUCUGUCCACUCUCUCGCCGCCGGUAAGAAAGUCAUCCUCUUUGGUGUCCCUGGUGCUUUCACACCUACCUGCAGCAUGAAGCAUGUUCCUGGAUUCAUUGAGAAAGCAGAGGAGCUUAAAUCAAAGGGUGUUGAUGAGAUCAUCUGCUUUAGCGUGAACGAUCCAUUUGUGAUGAAGGCAUGGGGAAAAACAUACCCAGAGAACAAGCAUGUGAAGUUUGUAGCAGACGGGUCAGGAGAAUACACACAUCUUCUUGGACUCGAGCUUGACCUCAAGGACAAGGGUCUUGGUGUUAGGUCAAGGAGAUUUGCUCUGUUGUUGGACAACCUCAAGGUUACUGUCGCCAACGUUGAAUCUGGUGGCGAGUUCACUGUUUCAAGCGCCGAUGAUAUCCUCAAGGCUCUCUAAGUAAACUUUAUCAUUGUCUUUUGUAUUUAUGAAUGUAAAACCGCUGCAUUUGAAAGUGAAGACUCUAAGCCUGAUUUCACUAAGCAGGCAUAAUAAAGCGGUAGUGACUUGCUUAUGUCGUAAUAUCAAAGUGUUGGUGUUGGUGUUUUUCUUUGUGUUGAUUUAUGAAAGAUAUGAGACAUAUCAAACUGAAUGAGGCAAUGAUAAGCACCAAAUAAGGUCUAUUUUAGGAACAUAAA